AUGUUGGUUAUAGCCACGCAAGCUUAUGCCAAGAAAGAGCAAGAGAGCGGGAAUGCGCCGAAUGCCGCUCGACUUUACAAGGAAGCUCGAGACCACCUGAAGCGGUUGAUGAGGGAGAUCAAUGUUAGCCUCGGGCCCGGCCAGUGGGAUGGACUGGGCAGCACCGACAGGGUCGCUGGCUCGGCAAUGCUCAGGGCAAUGAACGAGGAGCGAACGCCCUUGUUAGAGCUGAUAGCUGGGCUGGGCGAUGACGGUCUUCGAGACGGCAUUCACUACGACGAGGCCAUUGCUGUGGCCAAGGAGGAGAAAUAUCCAAAGAUUAAGGCGGUAUUGGAGGAGCAUCGAGCGCUAUGCGCAAAUACCUCGCCGUCGGUCUUUGGAAACCGCGCUAAGCUGGAGGAGUGGGUGACUGGCGACUGGACUGUGCAAGAGUGGGAUGGCGAUAGAGUCAGGAUAGUUGGAUCCGGGGAAAAAGACCAAGGAGACUUGGAUGUAACAGUCGAGGCAUGGCUGUCGGGCGAAAUCAAGCUCAGGCCUAUCAUCCGGGGCAGCUUGAUAGACCAGACUUGGGUAUACUGUGGGCAGGCCAGCAGGGAACGGAAAGCCUUUGGAGGGUACUAUGGCAUGCCGGGGACCACAAGGGACCAGUCCUGGGGGACGUUCUUCUUCUAA